GCUACCUUUAGAAAUGUCGUGAACUGUCACAUUGAUGAUCGUGUGUAAAUAUGAAAACUUCGUUAAUAAAAUGGCUGUUGGGAAUUUACGAUUACCGGCAAUCACGGUGAAGUGUAGAUAUACAGUACGAUUAUUCAUUACAUUUUUUGUAAGGUAUAAUGACUUGUCUUAUUUAAUCAAUGCAUAUAAAAAAUAAAAAAAUUAUGAUUCUUGAGAAAGUGCUAAACAAAAAAAAAAUACAAAUCGAUCAAAAUACGUUUGGGAACGUUAAAAAUUGUUACACUUAUUUUUGUUAUAAAUUAUAAUUUUGAGUUUAUGUUAAUCACAGAAAGAACUCAAGAAACAGCAGUCCAAAUUAUUACUUCAAUAAUUGUUAUAAUUAUUCCUCUGAUAUCAUUUAAAAACAUUUAACAAGGAUUACAAAAAUUUUAAUCUGUGUUAGUUUGUGUUUAAUAUGGCUUAUACUUCACUGCCAAAACUUGUCAACUUAAAUAAAUUACAGUCAAAUAAUGUUGAGAAGACUUUAUCGGAAAUAUUACAGUCAGAUCCGGUAAAACGUCUUCUCAAUCAGCCUAAUAUUAUUAUUAAGACUAUUCCACUAAAUACUCAACCAAAAUCAAAUUUUACAUCAAAUAUUACAAACACAAAUAUUGUAAAUAUUUCUACAAGUACUUUUGGAGGUAAAAAUAAUGGUAUCAAUACAGAUUUAAGUAGAAUAAAACAGCCAGAUGUUACUGUAUUUUCUACUAAAUCAAAUAAAGAAGAAAAUACGGAUGAUGAAAAUCUUUUACCUUCAAAAACUGAAGGGAAGUCCGAAAUUGCAUUACUCCCUAUUCAAAGGAAAAAGAAGAAUUGUGGGCACUAUGGACCUUGUGAAAACAUUACUUGUGAUGUCACCGUUGAACAGUGUAUAGACAAUGAUGGAAUAUCUCUUAUGUUAGCUGUUAAUAUAGAAGAAAAUGAAAUAAAUGCACCUGUAUGGAAACAUUGUAAAAACAGUUCCUGUGAUGCAUUGAGCAUCGACCAUGAUCGUUGUCGUAGAGCAAUUAUAAGGCUAAACAGAUUCAAUAAGUCUAAGAUUUGUGACAUUUGCGGUAUCACAUUGAAAACACGAAAAUCUCGAAUACACCAUAAAAACUGCAAAAGACAGAAUGAAUAUAGACAUAAUAAAACAGACAGUGCGCAACUUUUAAAAGAACGAAUGCGUGAAAGAGAAUUGCAAAUGCUAGAGGAUGCAAAAACGAAAAAGCAAGAUUACAUGGAUCCAAUAACAGGAUAUAAUCGUGCUAUGGACGUUCUAAGAAAAAAUGAAGAAUUAAUUAUUAUUCCAAAAACACAAUCUUCUCAGCAAUCUGGCAUUACCAUAACUUCCUCAUCUAAUCAAAUUAAUCAGCAAACAAAUACUAUCAGUAACAUCUCUACAAAAUAUAUGCCAAAUAUACCUCUAGUAUUUCCACAACAAAGUGUAGUUCUAAGUAAAAAUGCGGGUUCUAAUGAAAAUAAUAUUACACAAACUAAGUUAACUCAUACACUAAACAGCAAACUUGUAACCACUUCAACUACUACAAUCCCAAGCCAGUUUAUCAAAUUUACUAACUCACCUCAAACCAGUUUACAGUCUAUAUCAUUGAAUGAUUGGUUAUUAUCACAAUCUCAUGUUGUUACAACUUCAUCGUUUCAUUCUAAACCAUUUUUAACACCCAUUCGUGUUGUACCAAUAACUAAUUUAAUAACACAGCCAUCAUUAUUACAUAGAACACAAGGCAUUCCAAAAUUUUGUAUUAUGGCAGAUAAUUCAGUACCAGCUUUAACUAUACCAGAUAUAAAACCCGUUAUAUCGCCAAAACCUAUAGAUAAGCCAAAUACCAAUCCUGAUGAAAGUCCUAAACAAGAAACACACAAGCGUAAAAAGUCAGGAGUAAAGAAAAACUUACGAAAAAAAAACAGAAAAAAAGAUUUGAAAUGUAAUUAUUGCAACAAACAUUUCAGCACAGAUUGGUAUUUUAAAAUUCAUGUUGCUAUGCAUAGUGGUGAAAAACCUUUCACAUGUAGAUUAUGUCAAGAGUCUUUUAGUAAUAGAUAUGAUCUAAAAAAGCAUCUAACAAAUGAUCAUAAAAAUGAGAACAUUAGUUGCAAUGAUUGUGAUUUCACUUGUACUUCAUAUUCAUCACUUGAUAAACAUAUGAAAACACAUUCUGCAAUGGUACAAUCACACCAAUGUUCUGAUUGUAAUAGUAUGUUUACAACUAUCGAUGAUCUUAAUUCUCAUAAACAGGAAUGUGAUGGCCAAAUAGACACAGAUAUUAAAACUCCAGAAACGGAAUCAGAGAAUAAGGAAAUUAAAAAAAUUGAAAAAAAAGAUCAUGACAGUUCGAAUGACGUUUCUAGCGAAACUGAAGAAAAAUGUAUUAAUGGUACAGAAAAAAAAAUAUUUAACUCUGAUAAAAAAAGUAUGAAACAAGAAAAGCAAAACAAAGUUUCAUUAGGAGAAACUAAUGGUGUUAAAGUAAAUGGCGUUUGUCUUCAUUCAUAAUAUGAAAUUCAUAAUUCAUAAAUGAAAAUUAAAAUAAAUUUGAUGAGAACUAAGCUGUCAAUGUCACAAUGUUCGAAUGUUAAUCGUAACAUUGAUGAAAUAUAUCUAUAAAUUUACACAUGCGCAGACAUAAUGAACAGAUGAAGUUAAAUUUCCAAAUCAUUCCAUAGAAAAACUUUUAUAAAGGCUACGUUAAACUUGAUGCUUUUUCUGCAAUGAUAGAAAAAUAAAUGAUUAAUGUAAAUGUAUAAAUAUAAUAUUACAUAUUAUUGCUAAAUAGUUACUUAUUUCAAGUAGGAUUCUGCUGCAAAGAGAGUAAAAAAUUAGUAUUUCUUCUAAAUAAAUCACAUAUUUUUUCAGCAUGGGGCACAUUUACUAAUGGAAGAAAUUCUAAUUUUCUUCAUUAUUCUUAUAGUUAAUCAGCUUUGCAGCAGUGGCUCGUGCGAUAUUUUUAUUAUGAAAUUAGAGAAGUGCAAGUUUCUAAAUUUUCCUAAAGAGACAUAUAAUCGUAAACGUAUUUUUUGUAAUUUUAAGUAGCCUUUAAUAUAUUACGGAUUAGUCGAGUAUUAUUUAUGAAAUAAGGACUAUAAUUAGAUAUAGAUCGUAUAAAUUGUGUGAUCUGUGAUAGAUGGCCGCCUUCGCUAACAUUAUUUACCAUAUAUUUCAUUUGUAUAAAUCGUAAUUUAAAGAUAGUAUCUCUUUUAUUAUUUUGAUUUAUAGAUUUAUUACCACGCAACUGAUGUCUUAUUUCAAAAUGUUAUAAGAACAAUAUAAGAUAACGUUUUAUGAAAAAUUUGAGCACAUCUCAUUGACCAAUGUAUAAAUAUUACUGUCAUCAUAUGUCUGAGCAUAAAACGUAAUUAGAUAUACAUAUCACUUAACGCACAGAUAUAUAUAUCAAUCUGAAAGAUGUUCUUUUAGUUUUUUUUCUUCGUUAUUCUCUUUUGUAAAAUUGCAAUUGAUGUUUAAAUAACUCUAGUAAUAUUAAUAUGAUUUAAAAAAAUGUAAAUAUUUCGGUGCUAUUAUAAACUAUAAUUUUAAUUUGAUAUUAAAUUUAAUAUUUUACAAGUAUUAAAUGUUUCAAAUAAGUAAAUAUUGUUAUAUGGAUCUCUAUGUAAUUUACGUUACUUCUUGCCAGUCUCUAUAGAUGUAUUUUGUUGUAUUAUAGGAACAACAUCUGUAUAUCUACAUAUAUAUAUACACACACACACACACACACACACAUACAUAUAUAUAUAUAUUUAAAUUGUAAAAGAUGGCACAUAUAAUAUUUUUUUAUGUCAAACGUGUAAUAUAUAUACAUGGAUACAGAAGUGUGCUCAUCUUUCAUAUAUGCACUUAUAUAAUCACUUAUUCUUGAAUAAGUCUAAACAUGACAAAAGUAGUGACAUUAUAGCAAAUAUAAGCAUGUUAACUUAUGAUAUAUAAAAAAAUCUACAGUGAAAAUCUAUAAUUUAUUAAUGUAUAGAAGUAUAUACAUGCAAUUUCGGUUUAUGUCAUUUCUAUGUGUAAUAUAAUUUUUUAAUAUCUCGAUACAUAUGAACAUAUGAUGUAACGAAAGACUAGAGAAUUUUGUUAGUAAAUAUCUUAAUGAUAUGUUAUUGUCAAACCUAGCAAAGAUUUAUGGAUAAAAUUCUUAUUCUAUUGUAAUUACUAAAAGUGCAUAAAAGUUUAUGCAUUUAGUAUGUUUUAUCAGACUUAAAACACAACAAAAAUAUUUUUAAAUUUAAAGAUCUGAUAAAAUAUUAUGUGCCUUUUAAAUCAUAAAUGUUCCUAACAAAUAUAGUCUGUUUUAAAUGAAUACAAGAAGUACAUAAUAUUUUCCAUAUAAUUAUGACUACAAUAUGCCCACUGUUUUUACUUCUUUGCAAAAGUAUUAUCCUAAUCAUAUUAAAUAAAACUAUUUGCAUUCUUAAUAAUUUAUUCUAAGUGGAUGAAUCAAUACAAUUAAGUAUCGCAUACAAAUGAAUUUUAUUUCAUGUAAUAGAUUGUCAAAAUUUUUCUACAAUAAUAUAUUGUUGAGGCAUCUGUCAAAAUUCCUUUUAAAGAUUUUCUAUAUUAUUUCAUAGAUGAGAGAAAUUGAAAAAAUAUUCUUAUCAUCGAAGACAGAGACUUCUACUCAUUAUGCAUUCAAAAUAGAUGAUCACAACUUUUACAUUGUCUUAUACAUUACUUGGAUAUAUUAUAAGAGACUGUCAAAAACGUUCUUAUAGCAUGAGGCAAUAUCAAAGAGUACAAGAAUGGAUAUAGAGAGUUCUACAGAAAUUAAUAGAAGACUGAAACGUCUACUAUAAAAGUUAAUCACAUGUGUGUUUGUUGUUUUGAACUUUAAACAAAAUUAUUAAUAAAAAUUACAUUAUAUUCAGGGUAUGUUAAUAUUUAUAUUAUGGUAAAACAAAUGGAAUAUUGUUCAAAUAAUACAGAUCAGUACUAUAGAUCUUUUAAAUGAAAGUAAAGUAAUCGACGAGAGAAAUGAAUCUAGCGAAUGUAUAUAAAAAGAAAGCUGUUUACUUACUAAAAUACAACAGAAGACUGAUUCCAAGAACACUCAAAGUCGUCCACGAAUCGCGCAUUUGUUUUUGUUUUGUUCACUGUCCUCCAGUGACUGCAAGUCUAAUGAAAUUUU